AAAAUGGAUGCUAAAAACAUGAUUUGGCGGGUGAUGGAUAAACAAGAAACCGGCUUCUUUUGGAAGCAACCUAGAGAGAACUAUCACUGAACUUUCAUAUCGCUUAGAAUGAAAGAUAGGAUGCUAGAAGAAAAUGAAAGUGAACGGGAUCAUCCCUGGAGACGUUCAAACGGAUGCAAAGUGCACCUCCCCACACCCAUCCCAUAAGACCUCUGUGAAGUCUGGAAACCUCCUGAAUCAAUUAAAUCCCAAAGUCACGCAGGCUGUUCCCCUGAAAAGCCCUGAACUGGAGCCCAAGCCCAAGCCCCUCACCUCAGACCCUCCUAGUUGGAGUCAGGCCAUCGGGGUGAACCGAGACGGCUCCACUGUCCCCCGUGCACAUCCAGCAAAGCCGUAUGAUCCCACUGAUAGCCCCUCGAUUAAGAUUGGCACGGAUGCCGUCCUCUUGCCCAUCAUGAUAGGCCGCAGCAGGUCGCGCACCAGCGAAGGUGCGCGACUCGCCAGCCUGAGUGUGUGUGGAUCCCGCCAGGGCGGUCCUCCCUCCCACCAGGCUGGUCCUCCCCCCAGCCAGGCCCCGGCAUCUGCGUCUCGCCAGGAGAAGGACUCCUGGAGGAGGAGGAGAAGCCUGGACGAGAGGAAUGCCUAUUGCAAGUCCAAGGAAAGGUCUUGUCAUCUAGUGACUUCCCCACGAGGCAGUAGCAUGGUUCCAGGAUGUGCAAAGAGGAAGGGGGAGCAUGUGGUAGAGGAUGGUCGGGACAGGAAGAGGCCCUGCUUUCAGGAUUUGGGACAGUCCUUCCAGACCACAGGCUGCGAGCCCGCUUCGGAUCACAGCCUGAAGCUGAGAAGGCCACAGGGAGUCGGCGUGCCCAAACGCAGCCCCCCAAGGCCAGCGACCCCUGCCCCACAGCCCAGACGGGGCCUGGAGCCGCCCAGCAGGGAAGUGAGGAAGGGCACACCCGUCCCAAAUCGGCCAUGCCCUCGUCCUGACAGAGGAGGACCAAAGAGCUCCCGACAGAGUCCCCGGAGGACGCGGGACCCGCAGGCAACACGUGGCCGGUCCUCGCCGCGCCGAGCCGACCGGCCCGAGAGAGGAGCAACACCCCUGGUUCCGUGCAGCGUGGUCGUAACGCGCUUACCCCUCUCGCCCCCUGCUACAGCAGGCCGCGGGCAGCCCCACGCCUCCGCCUCCCCGCUGGUUAGUUUAGCGUCCGGCGGGGGCAACGGCGGCACAAACAUUAGCCCCCUCGCUGGCUCCUGUUUCCCGGAGAGUCCGGCGGAAGGAGCCGCGAAGGACCGGCUCAAGUCGGACGGACCCGAGACAGGGAGCGGCGAGGACCCGGACCUGUCGGACCUGGAGCUGGACCUGGAGGCGUUCGCCAAGGCGGAGAGCAGCAGUGAGAGUGAUGACGAGCCCCUGCUCUCCCUGCAGGAGAUCCUGGAGCGCAGCGCCCGCGUCCCUGCCACCCCCGAGAAGGGCGCCUAUCCCGUGCCUGACCAGCCUGUCCACAAACUACCCGUAAGCAAACUACCCCCUCAGGCAGGCAAAAGCAGACCUGUAAGUUACAAGAACACCCUCGAGCAAAUUCUGAAGGAGAAGGAAGAGAAGCAGAGGUGGAAAGAGGCUGAGCCGACGCUUUUAUCCUCCGAGGAGGAGGACCUGCUAAAGCUGUCAGAGGACGGUAUGGGUGACGGCCCAGGAGAGGAGGGCAUUUCACAGGAGCACAGGGCGAUCCUGAACCGGUUUUCUCUGGUUUCCAACGGCAUCCCGGACGCCCACCCGGGAGAGGCGGUGUUCACCGGCUGCCGCUUCGGCCGGUUCUUCAGCCAGCAGAGCCUGGACCUGAGGAGCUGUGCGGUGGUCCCGCAGGACGCACACCAGAAGACCCUCCUACAGGCCAGUCCAGAUGAGCUGCUGUUCCUCAUCAGCACCAGGAAGCUCCUGAAGGCAUAUCACUCUUCACCCUGCCAGCCCGCUGUGACCCGCUGGCUCUUCCAGAUGAUGUCCGUUCACUCUGACCGAGAGACCUCCACUCAGAUUCUUCGGGCGAUGACGGACAUCGCCUUCGUUGCCGCUGACCAAAUAACGGUGAACAAGAGCCGUGAGUUUGAAGUGUGGACGCCCAGCAUUCAGGACAUAGUUGUGGUCUUCCUCAACAUGGGUGUCUCGUUCACCACCCUGUUCCCCCCCGAGGCGCUGCAGCCAUCCUUCACUGAGGCAGACAUUUUGCAAAGCACACGCUGUUUGGAGGUGGCCAGCAGCAGAGAGCAGGAGCCUGACUCUUUCCCAGAGCACUGCUUUGAGAAUGUCAUGAAGUACCUGGCCCUGUGCAUGGCCUUGUGUCCCAGAGCCUACAGUGACGGGGAGGUGCUGCUGCUGGUCACGCUGGUCAGCAGAGUGAGUCUGGAGACUUGUCUGCAGCUGCUGCCCAUGGAGGACUCCUGCUGGGUCCUGCACCACCUGCUGAACAACACCAGAGACUGGGCCUGUCAGUUGCCUCGGAUUUGCCUGGCUUUGGUCGACCUGACUGAGAAUCACCACAACCUUCGUCGACUGGUUCAACUGCUGCCCGACCACAGACGCGGAAAGCAACUCAGGAAGCACCUUAGCAUGUCAAUCAUCUCAAAACUUUUAAACCGGAGAUGUACCUACAAACCCGUAACCACUGAAUUUCAGCUGUCGGCCCUGCAGCGGUACCUGCCCCGGAUGAAGCCAUCCUCCCUGCUGACUGAGUUCUUUUUGGUGAAGAAGACGGAGGAUCAGAGGGAGGAGGAAGAGUACACUCUCUCUCAGGACCAGCAGGCUUACUACCUCUGCUACAGUCUUCUGACUUUGAUUAAUGAAGCAUCGAACUUUGACGCUUUUCCCAUAAACCAAAAGGAGCAGCUGAAACUGCUUUCUGCUGAGCUGGAAAAGUAUGUUAAAGGUGACAUCAGGGAGGGGGAGCAGUGGCUGUAUAGAAGCAAGGUGAAGGACCUUGUCGCGAGGAUCUACACCAGAUGGCAGGUUCUCCUUCAUAAGUCCAGGCCUACACAGGGUAAACUGCACGAUUACUGGCAGCCGUCACCUGAGGACACUUUAUCCAGCAGCAAGGAGCAGGCUGAGCCGGAGGCUGUGACGAACACUGACCCACACCCCUCCUGAGCCCCUGGCACGCGGCACCUCUCAGGCCAAGGCCAGAAUUUUAAAAAGUACCCAAAGAGCUUUCUUUUUUUUAUUUUUACUUUUGAAAGAGAAACUGCUUCAAAAUGAAUGCAUCAGUAAUGGGACUUAAUGCACUGAGGAUCUGGUCAACUGAAACUGUUAGGAGCAACAUAUAAAAUUCCAUUUAAUAAAUAUAUUUUGAUGACUGUAUCAUCCUAUGUAGAGAAUAUUAUUCGCCUAAAACGUAUGACUGUUAAUGAGCAGUCCAGCUGCUGACCCAGGCAGGCAGGGUCGGUCUUUAUUUAGACCAUAUCAGCAGCCAGCACAUUAGGGGAGGCUGGGUAUCCGUCUAGUACUGGAAAAAACACCUUCACAAUUUAUGUCUUCCAGCGUCCAGUUCCUGUGUAUUGCACUUAUUGUUGGUCAUUGCAUGACCUGGACUUCAGCUCGAUGCAUCCCUCACAAGGGACGAGUAGGAGUUGAGUCUAUCACUAAUGAAGAUGUCCUACGCUGUAAAACAUAUCUCGUCUCGUCAUCUCUGUCCUACCUGUACUGUCAAAGCACAGUUUAAGUGAUAUUUGUCUCUCUGUUCAUACUGCAAAGUUUGUUCGCCUUGAUUGUGGGGUCAUAGGUGAAGUCAGAGUAUUCUACCGUUAAUUGAUAAUUACCAAUCAUCAAUGCUUUUGAAAUACACAAGCAUUGAUUUUUUGAAUGUUCACAAGCCUUGUUUACUAUAUAUAAAUUUGAUUAAAAUGAAUUGAAGACUAGUAGCCAGACUAUUAAAGGUACAAUGGAUAUCUAUAUCUAGCUAUAUUCAAGAAUAUCAUACAUUUAAAAUGUAAAAUCCUGUAUUUACCAUCUUAUAACCCUUAUAUUGCCCACAGCUAAGUUUCCGAUCAGAAAACUACAGGCACAGGCACUGUGUGGUCAGAUAUAUGGUCGGAAUAUUGACUUAUUAAUUUGCCCGUGAUGAAAGCGUUCUGUAGUUGUGUUGGACUCCUUUGGGUUUAGUGCUGUAUUUUGUCUGUUAACCUUGUGGGAAAUUCUGCUGGUGGAGGGGAAAUUGAGUUGGUGAUGGGUAACUGCAUAAGAUUCUCAGACAUGUUGAACCCCAUGGCAUUUGCAAACACUGGCGCGCACUACGGUCAUGCACUGGCACUUUCUGCGCUGGUGAAUUAUAUAGAAAAGCACAUAGUUUGUUACAAACCUCCCCUUGAAGUGUGUGUUUUAUAGGGAACGGUCGAACAUAUACUCAGUGUCCACUUACUGUGUGCUCUUAUGCACUGAGCUGCUGCCUCAUGAUUGGCUGAUUACAUAUUUGCAUUAACAGGCUGGUAGUGGUCACUGAGUGUAUGUUAUUUUUUAUCAAUUUCUAUUUUCGAGAGAAAUGUUUUCAGAAUUAUAUUUAUAAUUGUACAAAGAAAAUAGGUAUUGUUACAUUUUUCAAAAAAAUCCUUUUUUUUUUUUUUAACCUGUAAAGAUAUUUUUGGAUUUUUAUUGCAAUAACAGAAAAGAGGCAAAUAAACUUGCAAAACAAAA